CGGCUCCGUCCCGGCAUGCCUCGCGCGCGGCCCGCGGGGCGGGCUCUCCUCACACAAAGGCGCAGCGCUGGGAAAAUGGCGGCUACAGCGGCGGUCGGGGCGGCCACGGAGAACGCCGGCGGCAAAGUAGAGGCACCCGCGGCUGCCGCGGCGACAGCGGCGGCUCCGCAACCACCUAACGGGGCCGGGGGUGCUGUGGGGCCGCCCCCUAAGAGUGAAGGUGAACGACCAAGCCAAAAUGAAAAAAGGAAAGAGAAAAGUGUCAAAAGAGGAGGAAAUCGCUUUGAGCCAUAUGCUAAUCCUGCUAAGAGAUACCGAGCUUUUAUUACAAAUAUUCCCUUUGAUGUGAAGUGGCAGUCUCUGAAAGACCUGGUCAAAGAGAAAGUUGGUGAGGUAACAUACGUGGAGCUCUUAAUGGACGCUGAAGGAAAGUCAAGGGUAAGUGUUUGAGAGCUUUCUUCUGUGGAUUUUCUACAUGCCAAAUGUAACUGUAUGGUGGCGUCAGGAAGGUAGAGAGUGUGUAUGGUUAGUGGCUAC